GGUGGGGUUCCUCAUGGCUCCUCACUGUACCCAGAGCCAGGCCUAGUUCAGCUGUAAAGGGUGGGUACAAACUCUGGCAAUAUCAGAAGUAAGUGCAAAAGUGAAAUGGUUUUUAUGCUCUCCACUAUCCCUCCCUGAGCUCUGCCACAUCCCCACUUUUCCCAGAUACCCCAGUGUUUCUUGCACUGCACCAUGCAUUGUGCUGACCUCUUUUUCUGGGGUCCUUCAGUCCUCUCCCCCACCCAGCUCAGGCCUUACCUGAGCGCACCACCCUACCCCCUGGAGUGGUGUAAGGGCUCCCUGCCUUGGAAGACUGCCAGGGCUUCAGCAGUGACUUCCCCCUACCUUAUCACUGCCUGUUUAUUCAUAUGCCUCUCAUUCCUCAGCUCUGGGCUCCUUGAAGUCCUGCAGGUUGGCUUCAUCGAGUUCCCAGCUGUGAAGGCACUGCCUAGUUCAGAUUAGGCCUUCAGUCGUCAGACAAAUGAAAGAGUGCCAGUUGCCUGUUUGUCUUCUUGAUGCAUUCGUUUGUUUGUCGCAAAUAUUUAUCAAGCGAGUGCUUACGAUCGACACUGUGCAGUUACACUUAAAUGUCAAAAUAAACCUGUGCACGCCAGUGCCAAAUUAUGCUUGAGUAAAUUAUGCAUGUGGCGUGUUAACAUGCACACGCCGUAGAGAGGACGUGCAUAUCUACAAAUACCAGAGCUAGCAACCACAGUGAGCUGCGUGCCAGAUGUCCUGAAAUUAUCAAAGAACCAAGAACCAAAAAUGACAGUUAGCACCACAACCCCAAUAAAAGAAAUAAAAAAAAAGAAGGAAAAAGAAAAACAUUGCAAAAGAACAUAUGAGCCUUAGGCUGAAGGAAGUGGCUGUGGGUUUUUCCCUCCCCUUGCACUCCAGCUGAGGGUGGGAAGGUUUAGAAAAGCAUUCUAGGCUGUGGCUCUGACUUCCUCAAGGGCUAGCUCUUAGGAGCUGUUUGGAAAAUCCAUUGCCAUACAUGAGUCAGAGAACUGUUCUGGAAUGCACUGGAAAUUGUUCUUGGGGACGGCAUUAGCAGGCCCCCGAUCGCUCUGCCUGACAGAGUCGGCAGGUUUGCCGAAGCAAUUGCGGAACCUGAUUAUUCUCAAUUAGGGGAGCAUUGUCUGGCUGACAUCAUCCACCUCACACCGUCAUCAUCGUGGUCGUAACAUGGAAGCUGUCGCCAAGUUCGAUUUCACUGCCUCGGGGGAGGAUGAGCUGAGUUUUCACACAGGAGACAUCCUCAAGAUCCUGAGCAACCAGGAGGAGUGGCUCAAGGCAGAGCUGGGGAGCCAGGAAGGCUACGUGCCCAAGAACUUCAUCGACAUCCAGUUUCCGGAGUGGUUUCAUGAGGGCCUCUCGCGACACCAGGCGGAGAACUUGCUCAUGGGCAAGGAAGUCGGUUUCUUCAUCAUCCGUGCCAGUCAGAGCUCCCCAGGGGACUUCUCCAUCUCUGUCAGGCAUGAGGAGGACGUGCAGCACUUCAAGGUCAUGCGUGACAACAAGGGCAACUACUUCCUAUGGACCGAGAAGUUCCCAUCCCUCAAUAAGCUGGUGGACUACUACAGGACAACAUCCAUCUCCAAGCAGAAGCAGAUCUUCCUGAGGGACAGGCCCAGAGAGGAUCAGGGUCGCCGGGGCAACAGCCUGGACCGGAGGCCCCAGGGAAGUCCCCACCUCAGCGGGACUGCGGGAGAAGAGGUCCGUCCUUCGGUGAACCGGAAGCUGUCCGACCACCCGCCCACUGCGCCCUCGCCAUUCCCCCAACUGCCGCUGCAGCAGCAGCCGCAGCCACUCCAGCGGUACCUGCCGCACCAUCCCUUGCACCAGGAUCGCCGAGGGGCCAGCCUGGACAUUAAUGAUGGACACUGUGGCAUGGGUGUUGGUGGUGACAUGAAUCCAGCCCUCAUGCAUCGGAGACACACAGACCCUGUGCAGCUCCAGGCAGUGGGGCGUGUGCGCUGGGCCCGGGCGCUGUAUGAUUUCGAGGCCCUGGAGGACGACGAGCUGGGCUUCCGCAGCGGAGAGGUGCUGGAGGUGCUGGAUAGCUCCAACCCGGCCUGGUGGACUGGCCGCCUGCACAGCAAGCUGGGCCUCUUUCCUGCCAACUACGUGGCACCCAUGACGCGAUGAACCUGCCGGUGGUGGGGGGGAGGGGAGCCUGCAAGAGAGCGGACAAGAUGGGGGAGGAAACCAGGCCUUGUGACCACCUCCACGUAUGGGCACUGAGGUGUGCACAUGCGCGUUCAGGUGUGCACCGGCCUGUAAUAGUAACUUAUUGGCAGUUGGCUUGGUGGAUGAAUUGGUAAGACAAGGACCUCGGGCCGAGAACCACAGCCACACUGUGCAGAGACACUGGGGGUGUCCGGGUGGGAUUGGGGGCAAGGCAAUGAACUGGAACUUUCUCCCA